AUGGGCAGCAAAACUUUGUUUAAAUGGUCGAAGCAAAUCACGACUUCCCAAGUUGAGCAGCUGAUAAAAGCUGAAAAGGACAUACAGAAAGCUAUUCUCAUAUUUGAUUCCGCAACAGCCGAGUACACCAAUGGCUUCCGGCAUGAUCACACCACCUUUGGUCUCAUGGUCGCCAGAUUAGUCUCCGCGAACCAGUUCAGGUCAGCCGAGGCGUUACUUGAUAAGAUGAAGGAGGAGAAAUGUUGUGUUACAGAAGAUAUAUUCCUCUCUGUUUGCAGAGGAUAUGGCCGCGUUCACAGGCCACUGGAUGCUGUCAGGGUCUUCCACAAAAUGGAGGACUUCCAGUGCAAACCAACCCAGAAAUCUUACAUUACCAUACUUGGCAUUCUUGUUGAAGAAAACCAGUUAAAGAUUGCUUUCAGGUUCUACAAGUAUAUGAGAGAAACGGGCAUUCCAGCUAGCGUUGUGUCACUUAAUAUUUUGAUCAAAGCCCUUUGUAAGAACAGUAGUUCCAUGGAUGCAGCUCUUCGAAUAUUUCGUGAGAUGCCCAAUCAUGGGUGCACCCCAGAUUCAUAUACAUAUGGUACUUUGAUUAAUGGAUUGUGUAAGUUAGGAAAGAUUGGUGAAGCAAAAGAGCUCUUCAAUGAAAUGGAAACAAAAGGUUGUUUGCCCUCUGUUGUUACGUAUACUUCCUUGAUACACGGCUAUUGCCAAUCCAACAAUUUGGAUGAAGCUGUGGGAUUGUUUGAACACAUGAAAACCAAAGGUAUUACUCCAAAUGUCUUUACUUACAGCUCUUUGAUGGAUGGAUUUUGCAAGGGUGGGCGUUCUUCACAAGCAAUGGAACUAUUAGACUUAAUGGUUUGUAUGCGCCAUAGGCCAAACAAUAUCACUUAUAGUACUUUGCUUCAUGGACUCUGUGAAGAAGGAAAGCUUCAAGAAGCUUUGGAGAUUCUAGACAGGAUGAAGCUUCAAGGCUUGAAACCAGAUGCAGGGCUGUAUGGGAAAGUAAUUAGUGGCCUUUGUAACAUUUGCAAGUUCCAGGAAGCUGCAAACUUUCUUGAUGAGAUGGUCCUUGGAGGAGUUUCACCUAACAGACUAACUUGGAGCCUUCAUGUAAGGAUUCAUAAUGCAGUGGUCCGGGGCUUGUGUAGUAGCGGCAAUCCAAAUCGAGCUUGUCAGCUGUAUCUUAGCAUGCGUUCCAGGGGUAUCUCCAUAGAUAUGAAGACAUUUGAUACUCUAGUGAAGUGUAUCUGUAAAAAAGGGGACCUGCACAAAGCUUAUCGAAUUGUUGAUGAGAUGGUGCUUGAUGGAUGUGUUCCGGAUGAGGGAAUAUGGAGUUCCAUGGUGGAUGGGUUUUGGAAUCGCAGGAAGGUGCGUGAACCUGCUGAGUUGUUGCAGGCUGAGCUGAUGAGCAAAAUGGUUGAGCCUGAAACAUAA